AACGAAAGGUCGCAAUUCUCGAGAGGAGAUCUCGUCACGUAACAAAACUCCUCUCUGCUCUGCUCUCGACGCGCACAAUCAACCGCCCCGUUCCAUAGGAGGUGUCGGGCAUAUAUGCCACUGCAUGGUUUUCUGUUGACCGCGUGACAGACAUCUGGAAUCUAUUGGUGUUGUAGCUUCUCACAAUGAUGUCUCCUCCCGACAACCGGGAAUCUCCGGGGAAAAUGAGGCAAAAGAGCGGCAGAUCACUCGGCUGCCGCCACACCACAACUAUCAUGAAAGUCAAUCUUAAACAGUCGGCUGCACUAGUAGCUGGCGUUGUAUUUAUGCUCCACGUACUCGCGGUGCAUAGUUUAAUUCAUUCUCCGCCCCGCAUCAUCAAGCAACCUCCACCGGACGAGAUGCUCUUCCAAGUGGCACAGCAGGGCGAAAGCGAUAAACCCUUUCUGAUUGAGUGCGAAGCGGAAGGUGAACCUACGCCAAAGUAUCGAUGGAUAAAGAACGGGAAAAAGUUCGAGUGGCAAACGUACGAUGACAGGAUGUCGCAGCAGCCGGGCCGUGGUACGCUGGUGAUAACCUCUCCGCGCGAUGAAGACCUGGGGCAGUACCAGUGCUUCGCGGAAAAUGAGCAUGGUACGGCAACCUCGAACUCCGUGUUUGUGCGCAAGGCGGAGCUGAACUCGUUCAAGGAUGAGCCGGCACAGACGGUUCCGGCCGACGAGGGGAAACCUUUCAAGCUCGUCUGCCAACCGCCGGACGGCUGGCCAAAGCCGAACGUGUACUGGAUGAUUCAGAACAUGGACGGCGGGAUCCGGAGUAUCAACAACUCGCGCAUGACGCUCGAUCCGGAGGGGAACCUGUGGUUCUCGAACGUUACGCGUGACGAUGAAUCGAACGACUUCUUCUACGCUUGCGCCGCGUCGUCCAUGUUCAGGAGCGAGUAUAAGAUCGGCAAUCGAGUGCUGCUGCAGGUGAUGCAGACGGGCGUCUCCGCUGCCCAGAACCGGCACCCCCCGCGGCGUCAGUAUGUGACGCGCAAGAACGAGGUCGCUCUGAAGGGCAAGCAAGCGGAGCUGUUCUGCAUCUACGGUGGCACGCCGCUACCGGAAACGGUGUGGACGAAGAACGGGCGCGCGAUCAUCUGGAACGAUAAGAUACAGCAAGACAACUACGGGAAGUCACUUAAGAUACGGCGCGUCGCAUCCGAGGACGCCGGCACGUACACCUGCGAGGUAUCGAACGGGGUCGGGAACGCGGACUCGUACUCAAUCAACCUGGGCGUGAAUGCGGUGCCAUACUUCAUUAUCGAACCGGAGAUCGUGAACGCGGCCGAGGGCGAAUCGGCCGAAUUUCGGUGCGCGGCCGUCGGUGACCCAAGCCCGAACAUCAUCUGGAUCCACAACGGGAAACCGAUCGAGCAGAGCCCGCGCAACCCUCGCCGCGUGGUCAGCGCCAAUAGGAUCUACUUCAGCAAGCUGCAGAAAGAGGACACGGGCAACUAUGGCUGCAACGCGACGAACUCGCUCGGCUACGUCUACAAGGACGUGUACCUGAACGUGCUGGCACUGGCACCGGAAAUUACCGAUCCGCCCAAGCGCGAGUUCACCGUAGACCAGCGCAACGUGACCAUGACGUGCCGGGUGUUCGGCGCACCGAAGCCGCAGGUGAAGUGGAUUCGUAACGAGCGCGAGCUGACCGGCGGCCGCUACCAAACGUUACCGACCGGGGACCUCUUCAUCCGGGACGUUAAGUUCGACGAUGCCGGCGAGUACACGUGCCACGCGGUGAACAAGCUCGGCUCGAAGACUGCGUCCGGUGAGCUGAUCGUGAAGGAGCACACCGUCAUCAACGAGCCGCCGAAGGACUACGAGGUGGAGGCGGGCACGACCGCAACCUUCCGCUGCAACGCUGUGGCUGACUCGUCGCUCGAACUGAUGAUCGAGUGGCUCACCAACGGCGAGGUGAUUGACUUCGAAACGCAGCCACGCUUCAUCCGCACCUCGGAUAACUCGCUCAUGAUUGCGAAAACGAUCGAGCUCGAUACCGGUACGUACAGCUGCCUGGCAAAGACGGAACUGGAUGAGGUAAUGGCGAACGCGACGCUCACCGUCAUGGACCGACCGAAUCCCCCGACGAUCGAGCACGUCACGUGCUGGGAAAAGAUGGCGAAGAUCGUAUGGUCCUCGAACGGGGACAAUCGGUCACCAAUCCUGCACUACAUCCUCGAGUACAACACCUCGUGGACGCCGGACACCUGGGGUGUACUGUGGGAAGAGAUACCCGGUACCGAUCUCUCGUGGGUGGUCAAUCUGUCGCCGUGGAACAACUACACGUUCCGUCUGAUUGCCGUCAACAAGGUCGGCCAAUCUCUCCCGUCACCGCACAGCGAAGUGUGCACGACCCCGACCAACGUUCCGUUCCAGUACCCGGACGGGGUCGAGGGCGAAGGUACCGAGCCACACAAUCUCGUCAUCAAGUGGAACCCGCUGGCAGAAGUGGAUCAUAAUGCCCCCGGUUUCCACUAUCGCGUCUACUGGCGCCGGAUGAUAGACAGUGCAGCGUGGAGCUCGGUGGACGUGCACGACUGGCGCCAGUCCUCGUACACGGUGGAAGGUUUGCCCACCUUCACCCAGUACCACAUCAAGGUGGUGGCGGUGAACGAUCGGGGCGAGUCGAACGUGGGUGGCAUGGAAAAGUUCGUCUUCUCCGGCGAGGAUACACCACUCGACGCACCGACCAACUUCACGCUGAUUCAGGUUACCGGACCCUCGACCGCUAUCGUUAGCUGGAAUCCGGUGGCGAACGAGUCGUUACGUGGUUACUUUAAGGGCUACAAGAUUCAAACCUGGACCGAGGCGGACGGCGAGGAGAAUCUGCGCGAGGUGCUCAUUACCGCCGACUCGAAGCAAGCGCUCGUCACUGACUUUGUGCCCGACUCUACCAACUAUGCGCGCAUUUUGGCGUACAACGGGCGCUACAAUGGACCGGCCAGCACCACCAUAUCGUUCGACACGCCGGAAGGCGUACCGAGCACCAUCCAGUCGCUCGAAGCAUACCCGCUCGGUUCGUCCGCCUUUCUGCUGCGCUGGAAGCGUCCGCUGCAACCGAACGGGAAGCUCACCGGUUACAAAAUCUACUACGAAGAGAUCAAGGGCACGACCGUGGGACCGCGGUCCGAGCGCGAACCGCAUAUUGCCGAUCCGGCUCGACUGGAGGCGAAACUUGGUCGCCUCAAGCCCAGCGCGAAGUAUCGCAUUCACGUGGUAGCCACCACGAAGGCAGGUGAAGGACAAGAUUUUCACAUCGAACGCGCGACUUUGUCUAGUGUGGGUAUGCCACCGGAUGUGCCGAAUUUCAGCUGGGAAAAUCUGCCCUCCGAUAAUGGGCUGGCUAACGUGAAGGUGAUGUGGUUGCCGCCACUCGGUGGCAAAACCGGUUCGCACUUCUACGUCAAGUACCGCAUCAAGGACCAGUCGGCGUGGCAGAUGACUGACGCCGAGGUGUACGAAAACUUCCUCGUCGUGCGGGGUAUCAACCCAAAUCACCUGUACGAGUUCCGGGUUGUGUCAGUCGAUGGGGAAUACGAGACCGAAUCAGCUACGCAAGAAGUCGACACCUACGGCAUCCAGAGCUCGGUACGCGUCGACGACAACAUUGCGACCGCCGGCUGGUUCAUCGGCAUGAUGCUCGCGAUUGCCUUUUUGAUUCUCGUCCUGAUCAUCAUCUGUAUCGUAAAACGCAACCGUGGCGGCAAGUAUGACGUGCAUGACCGCGAACUGCAGAAUGGCCGCAACGACUACACCGAGGAAGAGGGCGGUUUUCCCGAGUACUCGCAACCUGUUUUACGUGAUUACAGUUUGGACAAUAAAAGCCAGGGUCGACAAUCGCUGAACUCGCAAAAAGUAGGACCGGAAAGUGAUACAGAUUCCAUGGCGGAAUACGGUGAAGGUGAUACAGGCGGUCAGUUCACUGAGGAUGGAUCCUUCAUCGGACAGUACGUACCUGGCAAACCCCCGGUCAGUGCUCAGUCGACGCCACAAAAUCCUUCGCUGCAAGGUGCAACCACCGCUACUUAUGUCUAAAAGUGAUGAAUGAAUCAUCGCAAAUGAACACGACGCGUAUGAAAGUAAGACUAGAUGCGCCAGCCGAUUUGCGAAUGGGAAACAUCAGCCAACGCCAACCGGCACUCAACUCCAGAUUACACUGGCACGGAACAGAAAGUAGUUGUGUCCAUCUAUCGGCUAUAUUAAGUCGCAUCGCCGCCUCUUUAGUUCUGUAUCGUUUCAUGGAUGUUUCUAUCAUACAUAUACCGAGCUGGAAAAGGGAUGUGGAAAUGUUCUGUGCGUGUGGCAUUCUACUAGCAAACGUACGGAGGAGAGCUUACACUAAGCAGAGCGUUUGAAAGUAAAAGGGACAGUAGUGUUAACAUCGUCACAUAAUGCACUAAAGGGACUUGUACGUGCAUACUGUCGAGCAAAGAUGCAAAGUUUUCGAUGCUUGCUUUGGACUGAUUGCAGAGAGGUGUAUUGUUUGUUUUACGUUAAUUGCUUGUGUCGCGAAGGUUACAAUAGUUCUAAACUCUAUUUAUCAGUUGUACGUUUUCAGUAUCCCUUUCGUUAUUUUGCUUUUUCCACGCCACGUUAUGCCGUUAUAUAAAUACUUUUGACGGCCUUUCACUGUGCGCACAGCCCCGUUAAAGAAUCUCGAAAGCGUUCAAGCAAUAGUCCUCUGACUUCAUUUUCCAUUUUACAUGACAAAAUUCAAGUGUAUACAGCAUACUCAACUUUUUUUUAUACAAGUAAAACAAAACGACGGUGUUCAAAAAGUGUGGAUUUUGAAGUAUUGUACUCAACUGCUGACACCACUCAUCCCAAUAGUUAACUAGGAGUGAUGAUUGGCAAAGUUUGAAAAGUAAACUUUUCCUAAAGUAUCUCCACUACUUGCUCUUACUCGUUACAUGACUAUAGCGGUUGGCUUUGCUACUUCUUUGUUCUUUUUCGAAUCUCAUUGCAACCUGGAUCUCGUUCACUCGAUUAAAUGCCUGCGUAGAGACAGCGACGUUAAAGUGUCUUUACCCCAUGACGCAUGAGAGAAAGAGAAAAAAAUUCAUAUUUUCUAUUAUAGAUAUUUUUAAUGUCAUUAUACGUCACAUUUGGUGUUGGUUCUCUGUAGACUCCAUCUGAGCAGUACAGUAGCACCAGGAAGCGAGUCGCCGCAGGCUCAGAAUUCACCGUGCCGUCCUUCAGGUUCAGGCGUAAUCUAUAACUAAUCUCUACAAAACCAACGAGAACAGAGAACAAAACAAAAGAGAAAUCUAUAAGAACAUUCUGUUCGUUAAACAUGUUGUUGUUAAUAUUAUAUAGAACAUCCUGAUAUCGUAUGUGUUUAUAAAAUAUGAGUAAAAAUCGAUCCAAGUCUGUAAACGAUCAGCCCAUGGUAGCUUUUUGAAUUAAUGGGAAAAGUAUUGAAAACAAAAUAUUAAGUAUGAGUAUAAUUUCUGUUGUUAUAAUUUUGUUCGUAUCGAAUUUUGAACAUUUUUUUCGGUUUGCUUCCGUUUCAUUUAGUUAACCAUAAGUGGCAAAAGUUAGCACAAAUAAUACUUUGCGCAAAACGAUGUUUUUUUUCUAAGGUAACCAGGAUGUCAAUUUUGCUGCCAGUUAAUAACCAACCACAGACUACACACGAACUAUACGAGGGAUUAUUGUUUAUUAUGGAAAUGAGUAUGAUAGGAAGAUACAUAGAAUGGUGUUGUAUCGAAAAAAUAUUAUUGCAAGCGGAGGGAAAGUAGUACGACUUACUGAACGCCAACACUCUACAAAGCAUCGCUUUCUUGGUCCAAUGUGAAAGGACUUCAUGAAAACAAUGCUUGUUCUUCGCGAAUAAUUGAAUUAUAAAAUUUUAUACUCUUUUUUUAAAUAUAGUUUGUAAUAAAGCAUAACCAGAAGCAUUUAGUAUUAGUUCGAUCUGUUUUAUUUCUGUUUCGAUUUCAGUGUUGUUUUUCGUUACUAGUUUAUUUGUGGGUUUCAAGUUUUCUUUGAAAGGCUUUUCGUUGUUUAGCUUUUUAUCGACAAUGUCUAUGAACCACGAGCCAAUUAAAACAGCCACGCGUAAUCGUGGUGUAAUCACGAUUGUAAAUCAUUCAUCAACAGAGCAGGUUCGUAAGGGAAAAAAAGUAAAAUCAAUCCACAAUAUGCCAGAACAUUUCCUGGCAAGCUAUAGACAAUCUGAAAUAGCAGUUUUUGACCAAUUUCACGACUCAUUUGAUUUUCAUUUUGUUUAAAAGAUCAUUCGCUUAGACAGCGGCAGAACGGUGCCAUGUUGGGAAAAGUUCUUUUAUA